AUGUCAGGUGUUAAAUAUAGAGGUGACACCAAGAAUGGAGAUGGUAUUAGUAACACAAUCGAUGAGUUAUAUAAACUUAGCUUUAGAAAACUAUCUUCAACAACAACAACCAGCAAUGAUGAAUCUGUUGGUAGAAUAAAGAGUGGUAGCAGUAGUAGUAGUGGUAGUGGUGGUAACGGUGUAAUACCUUCAUCAUAUAUAUAUCAUCGUAAUAUCAUUCUAAGGGUUGCACUGAUCACAAGAGUAUUCCUGUGGAUCUACGCAUUCGCUGUGUCACAGCUAUUGUCACCAUUCGAUAGUUCAGCACAACUCAAUGCAGUCUCACCAAACACACCGAAUCAAGUUAUCGGUCAACAGGUUCUGCAACUUACCAACCACAACAAUACACUAAUAGAUUCCACUAUCAAACGGUUAUUCGUCAAAUGGGACAGUAUCUAUUACAUAAGAAUAGCAGAGUAUGGCUAUGAAUUCGAACAAUACCACGCAUUCUUUCCUUUAUAUCCAAUGACUCUUCGUUAUCUUGCAAAUGUAAACUAUUUAGAUUAUAUUAUACUAUCAGGUUUUAUUAUUAGUAACAUUUCUUUUAUACUUUCAUGUAUUCAAUUGUUAAAACUUGGAAAUAUACUGUUUAAUAAUCAAAAGAUAUCAUUUGUUGCAACUCUAUUAUAUUGUGUAAAUCCAGCGAAUAUCUUUAUGUGCGCAUUGUACACAGAGUCUAUUUUCAAUCUUUUUGUAUUCUCUGGUUUGUACUACCUCUAUGGUGGACGAUACUAUUUGAAUCCAUCACGUAUGUUGGGAUUGGAUGCUAUUCCGACGAGACGAAAUGUGUUGUGUUCGACUAUAGGUGCUCUCCUGUUUGGUUGUGCGACUGCAACUCGUUCCAAUGGUAUUUUGCUGUGUGGUUUCAUCGUUUACUACCACAACGCAACGAUGUUCACCAGCUUGUUCCGUCGAAUCUUCAUCAUCCUGAAUACACUCACUCAGAAGCGUCGGUCAUCUCCAGUACUAACUCAUUCCACCUCAUUCGGAAAGCUAGCCGAUGUCUCAUUCGAUUUGUCCGACUUUCUUCUCAGACUAACACUCUCCGUUGUUCAAUCAAUGAUUAUCAUCAUUCCCUAUAUUCUAUUUCAAUAUUAUGGAUAUCAAAGAUAUUGUAGUAAUGAGAAUAAUAUCGGUGAUAACUCAACAAAGUUUGCUAAUGCCGUUCGUAGCUCACUUGGCACUACUCACUGUCUUCUCCGUUACUUUUAUGCACGUCCAAGUGAUCACCCGAUUCUUUACACAUUCACCACUGCUUAUUAG